CUGUUCAACAGAACUUGCAAUGAUAAAAUACCUUGUCGUAAUAUCAUAGUAGACGACAUGUUGAUUUUUUCUGUAGGUUCUGUGAAGCCGAUACGGAUCGCUGUCAUUACUACAAAAAUGUCUUUGUAGUUAUCAGGGUGUAGGUCAUAUAAUUGUAGACUUAUUAACUUAUUCGUGCUAAAUUUUCUAUAAUAAAACUAUUAUAAGAGACAGAAGAGGAUCCACUUCACCCGAAUCAGGGAUAGAGAUGCGACUUGUAUCGAGGUAACUAGUGCUGAAUGAUGUGGGCGCUGUGAGCGUUUGACGGCACCACGGCUUCGUCUGCGGCGAGUGGCGCGCGGGGAGCCGAGUCUCCUACGCAAGCCAACCAAGACACCGUGGACAACGCCACUCCCACUUGCUGGUGGGCGGCGUGGUCCGCCAUGGGGUGCUUCGGGUCACCGGGCGCCAAGAGUGGGGAGGAUGACGCCAAGUCACAGAAACGCCGCAGCGACGCCAUCACACGCCAGCUGCAGAAGGACAAGCAGCUGUACCGGGCAACCCACCGCCUGCUGCUCCUGGGGGCCGGUGAGUCCGGCAAGUCUACGAUCGUGAAACAGAUGCGUAUACUCCACGUGAACGGCUUCUCGGAUAAAGAGAGACGGGAAAAGAUCGAAGAUAUUAAGAAAAACAUACGUGAUGCUAUCCUUACAAUAACUGGUGCUAUGAGUACUCUGACACCUCCCAUACCGCUUGAGAAGGUGGAGAAUAAAGCUCGUGUUGAUUACAUCCAGGAUGUCGCCUCGCAGCCUGACUUCGACUACCCUCCAGAGUUCUACGAGCACACGGAGGAGCUCUGGAAGGACCAAGGGGUGCAGAGGACUUACGAGAGGAGCAAUGAGUACCAGCUCAUAGACUGCGCCAAGUAUUUCCUGGAUCAGGUGCAUAUAAUAAAGAGAGCUGACUACACGCCAUCAGAGCAGGAUAUACUCCGCUGUCGAGUUCUCACCUCCGGGAUAUUCGAGACCCAGUUCGUCGUCGAUAAAGUCAAUUUUCAUAUGUUCGACGUGGGCGGGCAGCGUGACGAGCGCCGGAAGUGGAUCCAGUGCUUCAACGAUGUGACGGCCAUCAUCUUCGUGACCGCGUGCUCCUCAUACAACAUGGUGCUGAGAGAGGAUCCCACACAGAACAGGCUCCGGGAGUCGCUGGACCUUUUCAAGAGCAUAUGGAAUAACAGAUGGCUCCGUACGAUAUCGGUGAUCCUGUUCCUCAACAAGCAGGACCUGCUGGCUGAGAAGGUGUUGGCGGGGAAGUCUCGUCUCGAGGAGUACUUUGCGGAGUUCGCCCGCUACCAGACGCCGCCCGACGCGACCCCCGACACGAGGGACCACCCGGACGUCGCCAGGGCCAAGUACUUCAUCAGAGAUGAGUUCCUGCGCAUCAGUACAGCGAGCGGUGACGGCAAGCACUACUGCUACCCUCACUUCACGUGCGCCGUCGACACUGAGAACAUUAAGCGCGUCUUCAACGACUGCCGCGACAUCAUACAGCGCAUGCACCUCAGACAGUACGAGCUGCUCUAACGACCUGAGGCAGAUAACGAAGUGUCAGCCGACACUGGCGCACUGUCGGCGACACUACUCCCGCAAUACAUUCAACACGCGACACUCGCCGACACUAGUCUCACUGUAAUACGACAUUACGACCUCUUUGAUUUUAAUCAAAUUUAAUAUUUAAUCUGUUACGACAUCACAAUAAUUAUUAUCUGUCGACAAUUUUUCCCGAAUGUGUUGUCAGCUGUUUUUUCGGUAAUCAGAAUUCAGAGCACAAACUUUAAAGACAGUCGCGUGUCGCGAGUGCGUCUAAUAAGUCGCAAGUGUGUAUAACUCGCCAGUGUCCUGUGAUUUAUUUUCCGGAUGGUGUUUCCGAGCAGCGAACUAUUUGGAAACGACAGCGUGGGGUCAUCGUAGCGUUCGUAGUGUAACCGGCAUCUGACCAUCAGUUCAGUUCAUACAUCAUAUUUAACAGUUAUGCACAUUUUCGACGGACUCGUCUUCUUUCCCCGCGCCGAUGAAUGUCACACACAGUUUCAUAUUAAGGAUCACCCGGUUCGCGGCCAGUUGUAGUGUUUGAGUUUCCGGAGCACAGUUUUGCUUAAAAUAUGUUUAAUAAUAUUACGUUCGUGAACCGAGUCCGAGUCCUAUGACUUGUUGUCGUUUUUAGCCGAAAUAUAUUUUCCUUUUCGAUUCUGUCGACUCGUAGACCAAAUUUUUUUUUUUAUUUUUAUUCUCCUGUUGAAGUUUUUGUAGCGAAAUAUACUUAUUGUAUAUGGAAUUGUUAAUUUUAUUCGAUUAUUUUGUACUUUCUGUAUAUUUUUGAUGACUAAUAUUUUUGUCUAUUUAAUUAUUUUUUUAUGGUUUUGUUGGAGUUGUCUUAUUUUAAUGUCUUCCAUAAUAUUAUUUCGUCGUGUUGACUUAUUUAGUUAUCUCUUUCACGCACAUUGACUAAGCGACGGCUUAUAUUAAUUUUAAGAUCCAAAGAAUGUCCGUAUAUUAUGUAUUUGAGUGUGUGGGUGUAUGUUUGUGUGUGUGUAAGAUAAUAUUCGGUGUUAGCAAUAUAUAUAAAUAUAUAUUUUCUGAUUUAUCUUAUUUCAAUUUAUUUCGGAGAGUGUCUUAAGUUAAUAUUUUUUUAGUCCUAAGUACAAAUGUUACUAACAUCGCCCUAACACUAUUUAUACAAUUGGUUCAUGUACUUACCUUGUUUUGUUAGUGAAAUGCCUUAAAGAUCUACGUCGUUGUUUCAUUUAUCGUUAAGUGUGGAAUGUUUUCUUUAUACAAGCUGACAUUAAUUAGUUAUAUGUUAUCAUUUGAUUAUGGUCCUUAAUAUAACUACGAUAGUGUUGAAGAUUGUGCCAUAAGUGUUGCUAGCGGAAACACCAUGUAAUGUUACCAUUUCAAUUAAAAUAUUAAGCAACUAAACUUCUAGUAACUUGUAAAGUAACGUCGCUAUUUUGCUUUGUAAUGAUAACACUUAGAUAUUUUUUUUAUAUACAUAAAUAUUACUUGUUUUUUUUUUUCUUGUUUGUGUUAAAAAUUUUAAUGUAAGUAGGGGAAUGACACGAGUUUAUCGGCGGCCGGGGUCGCUCGUUUAAUAUAUUUCAGCACAGACCUUGAAUUUUAAAAUUAUAGUUAAUAUUUUUUAGGCGUAAGAAUGUUUCGUAACGGACCGUGUCUUAGAGGAGUUUUAAGUUUCCCGCAACGAGAGCGACCCCGGCCCGGACGUUUCAGAUAUCACUGUGAAUUAAUAACAUGGCGUCUUACAUCCUUACUGUGUAUGUAACUUAAUAUAUUUGGUAGCUAUUUAAUUAAGUUAGCAUAUUGCGAUAUUGAAAUACAAAAGUAACAAAAAAAUAUAUAUAAUAUUAUAACGUAGACUGCUGAAGUGAGUUUCUUUGUCCUUGCAGAUCUACUGUCCACGGAUAGUCGGAUAAAAAUCUACUUUUAUUUUUAACUUACCAAGUAGCGUGAGACAUAGUGGGCUAUCAUAUAGCGUUCUUUCGAAGACUUUGGAUUACUUUAGACUUUGGGGAGUUAAAAAUAUUAGAGCACACAGAGUAAGGAACGACCCGGGUGAGCUCGCGAAUCUCACGAUACAGCGCGUCGAGCGUCCGUACUCACGCGACGCGACGCGUCAGACCGUUUGCGGUUCAUUCGAAACGUAACAUCCGCCGCCGACCCUCGACCUUUGACCCUCGCUCCUCGUACGUUAAGAUGCGCAAUAACAAGUGAGUCAUGUAAUGUGUAUAAAGUAGUUUAGAAUAUUUUCUAUGUUUUUCGAUAUUUAGAUGAUAUACUGCCAGUGUCUAUGUCCAAGUAUUUUCAAUGUAAAGUUAGUAAGGUGUCGAAGGACCGUGGAUCUCGUCUCAGCUGCAUGUUCCGCGUGUGAGCACUGCGCGGACACUGUCGGUCGUGCGAAGGUUCCAUCUUUUCGUUCUGCUCGUAUCUUUCGUAUUCUCCGCCGUAGCUGAAGGCAUCUCGCGCACAACGUGUACCCGAGGACGGUGAAGUGUUCUGUUCCGAGUCUCAGAUAUUUGUUUCGGUAACGUUUCUCUCAGCACGGAGCCUCCGCCGCGGAGUCCGUCUCUCGCUGUAGAUAUUAAAUGAUGGCAUUUAAACUAGUGCUUUUAGAAUUUAUGUUCGUCGUAGCAUGAACGUGUUUCUCCAUUUUUCGGUAGAUUUAUUUUGUAAAAAAAAUUAAUAAAAUAAUAUGUUCGUAGCGAAGCUCAAAACACUCGGUUUUUAUAAAGGUCAUUCGAUAUCAGCACUCGACAUUGUAUUCGUCACUAAGGGACUGCGUAUUCGGUGUUCCGCUAACUUAAUACCUUACCUUUAAAUAUAUACUGAAGAAGAAUCUAUAUUUUUAACAAAUUUAAUUUAAAAAACAAAUGAUAUACCUAACUAAUGAAACUCCUAAAGAUUAAAAAUGAAAUUUUUAAUAUUUACGUGUAUAGUAGUGUUUACUGCGGGGUGGUUGUAAACAACGGGCGCUUAUCGUUUCCCUGUUUCCGUUUUUCUUUCAGAGAUCGCAAUCUUUAUAUUAUUUAGUGUCCACGGUACAGUAACCUGUAACUGAUGUGUACACAGAUCAGUAUGUUUCAGGCAUUUUGAAUCCGACUUAAUGUAUGUAAAAAUAAAUGUUGUUUUAAAA